AUGGGUUUCUUCAGUAAGAUAGGAAACUUCUUUCGAAAUGUUGGAAGAGGUAUAUGGAAUGGAAUAAAAUCUGUCGGAAGAGGAGUAUGGAACGGUGUCAAAAAUAUUGGUAAAAGAGUAGGUCAGUUUGUUGGUAUUAUACCUAAAGACCCUGAACCAGAAGAACAAGCUCCUGUUAUACAACAGCCUGAACCUGCACCACAGUCUAGUUGGCAACCAAAUCCAACAGUUAGUAUACAUAUCUUCAGUACGGUGGCACUGCGCGCCAUCUUACCGAAGAUAUGUCAAUCUGACACUUUACAAAACCACUAA